AUGGAGCCUAAAACUGAGAUUGAACAACAGCCUGACACUCAAACAUCAAGCUCAGAGGAGGAAGAUUUUGAUGAUGGCUUUGUUCAGAUGCUGGCCAGCCAUCUUGAAGAAGACAAAGAUGUUGAGAGUGGUUGUGAAGAGGAUUAUGACUAUGAGAAGCAGAUGGAACCAGGAACCUCCCAGGCUGAACGAGCUGCUGCAGCAUCCCCAAAAAUGGGGUCCCCUCGCGAACUAUCCACAUGGGACCUAAUGUGCUUCAUAAACAGGUGGAAGAGGGCCCACUCGAUUGGCCACCACAUCAACAUGCUGACCAGGGACCCUGGUCGAAAGGCACUGAUCAUGCAGCAUGAACUACAGUGUAAAACUAGUAUCCCUCUACCUGUGGUGUGUAUGCUUGAGGUGGAGGCCUUGCAGAUUCUAAGAGGAAUUGAGAAAGAGUACAUGUACAAUUUUGGUGCCCGCCACCCCCUUACUUUGGAGGUCCAGAAAAAUAUUGAGAAGUUGGAGACCCAGGUGAAGGCUAAGGAAGGAAACAGGCCAGUUCCAGAGGAGAAUGGGUGGCUGUGGAGGCUUCUGAGAUGGGGCAGGACGCUGGCGAUCAGGCUGGGGGGCUCCUGGGGCCUUGGCUGA